AUGGUGGACUCUCGUUUCAUGCGCCGCGGGCCCUUUAAGGACCGGGCCUCCAUCAGGGUGGCCGUGCUGGACGCUGACGAGCCGCCUCGUUUCGCCCGGGCACGCUACCGUAUGGACGUGUCCGAGAACUGCCCUCCCGCCUGCACCGUGGGACGGGUUAGUGCUGUGGACCCUGAUACUGGACUCACCAACAACAUCAGGUACUGGACUGUAUCAUAAACACUCUCUCACACACACACACAAACACACAUAACACACACACACAUACACACAAACACACACACACACACACACACAGUCUUGUACAACUAACCUUGUGGGGACACACAAUUCAGUCCCAUUCACAAACACACACACACACUAAGGAAGGUUCAAGGCAAAAUUAUCAUUAUAUUUAUUUUAUAUGUAUGUUCUCGUCAGAAAAAAUGAUCUAGUCAGUGCUGGCCCUGUUUUCACACAGCAAUACAGAGCAGGAAUAGGGGAAUGUGUGGUGGAACGGUAGUUAGAACAUUCAUUGAGAUAUUUAGAUAAAUGAGUGCUACUUCAAGUGAGCUCGUAUCGACUACGAUCAUCUGUGAUAUUAAUUCCCUGGCCAUUUAUAUCCUCUCAUCCUUAUCUUUCUCUCUCUCUCUCUCCCUUUCCCCCGCCCCCUCUCCUCCCCCCAUCUCUCUCUCUCUCUCUCCCCCGCUCCCUCUCCAUCUCUCCCAGGUUCUCUAUUGAUCCCCAGUCAGACCAGGAAGCUCUGUUCCGUAUCACCGCGGACAGCGGCCUCAUCACCACAGCAAUGGAGCUGGACCGUGAGCGCGAGCAGUGGCACAACAUCACCGUCAUCGCCAUGCAGAGAGGUCAGAGGGUCAUCAUUUAGAGCCAGGCGUUUUGACCUGACCAGGAAUAACUCUGCACUAGUUAUAGCAUAUGACUCGGGCUUAGGGUUGCAAAAUUCCUGGAACUUUCAAGAAAUUGGCUGGUUUUUCCGAAAUCCCGGUUAAAGGAUUCCCGGAAAGACGGAAUCAGGAGGGAAUCAGCAGGAAAUACGGAAUCCUCCAAUCACGAUUUCUGGAAAACCAGGACAUUUAUUGAAAGUUCCAGGAAUUUUGCAACCCUACUCGGGCCCUUAGUUUUUCUAUUCAGGUCACAUGAUCAGGACAAACUCCUGACCCCAGUCAUUGCACCUUCACUCUCCGCCAAAGCAUGAAAAGCCGUAAAGAGUUUAAGUACAAUACACUCCACUAAGCAGCUUUACUUGAUAUGUCUUGAUGGCUUCUAUUGGUUCUACAGUGGGACCAGCAGUAGUAGCACUGUGCUUUAACCAUGCUGACAGUAGUAGUGCUUAUGGCAGUAUUAGUACCAUCUGUGAAAUUGGGAGGAAUCAAAUUAAGUGCCACCACCUUAGGAUUGGAGACAGCAGAUCCUAAUUAAACACAUCACAUUUUAUAUUAAGAAUGGUCACAGAAAAGGAAACAUUUUGCAUACAUUUCCACCAGCUAAAGAAUCCUAAAUUAACCCCUUAAUGUCAUAGCUAUUAGCGUAACACAGUGGUAGCCAGUAGCGGUGCGUGUGUAAAAUAACGGGGGAAGCCAAAGCCAGAAUUCACUGGGGAAGCCAAGCCAGAAGAAAAUGCCAUAUUACAACCUGUGUUGUGAUAAUUGCGUUGUUUGCUCUAUAACCUGAUAGUUCAUAUGCCUUGACACCGUGAUGUACCGUGCCUUCGGAAAGUAUUCAGACCCCUUGACUUUUUCCACAUUUUGUCAGGUUACAGCCAUAUUCUAAAAUUGAUUAAAUCGUUUUCCCCCUCAUCAAUCUACACACUAUACCCCAUAAGGACAAAGCAAAAACAGGUUUUUAGAAAUUUUAGCAAAAAUAAAUAAAUAUGAAAUAUCACUUUUACAUAAGUAUUCAGACCCUUUACUCAGUACUUUGUUGAAGCACAUUUGGCAGCGAUUACAGCCUCGAGUCCUCUUGGGUAUGACGCUACAAGCUUGGCACACCUGUAUUUGGGGAGUUCUCCCAUUAUUCUCUGCAGAUCCUCUCAAGCUCUGUCAGGUUGGAUGGGGAGCGUUGCUGCACAGCUAUUUUCAGGUCUCACCAGAGAUGUUCGAUCGGGUUCAAGUCCGGGCUCUGGCUUGGCCACUCAAGGACAUUCAGAGACUUGUCCCGAAGCCACUCCUGCGUUGUCUUGGCUGUGUGCUUAGGGUCGUUGUCCUGUUGGAGUUCAAUCUUGGUUUCAUCAGACCAGAGAAUCUUGUUUCUCAUGGUCUGAGAGUCCUUUAGGUGCCUUUUGGCGAACUCCAAGCGGGCUGUCUUGUGCCUUUUACUGAGGAGUGGCUUCCGUCUGGCCACUCUACCAUAAAGGCCUGAUUGGUGGAGUGCUGCAACGAUGGUUGUCCUUCUGGAAGGUUCUCCCAUCUCCACUAAGGAACUCUGGAGCUUUGUCAGAGUGACCAUUGGGUUCUUGGUCACCUCCCUGACCAAGGCCCUUCUCCCCCGAUUGCUCAGUUUGGCCGGGCGGCCAGCUCUAGGAUGAGUCUUGGUAGUUCCAAACUUCUUCCAUUUAAGAAUGACGGUCACUGUCUUCUUGGGGACCUUCAAUGAUGCAGACAUUUUUUGGUACCCUUGCCCAGAUCUGUGCCUCAACACAAUCCUGUCUCGGAGCUCUACGGACAAUUCCUUCGACCUCAUGGCUUGGUUUUUGCUCUGACAUGCACUGUCAACUGUGGGACCUUAUAUAGACAGGUGUGUGCCUUUCCAAAUAAUGUCCAAUCAAUUGAAUUUACCACAGGUGGACUCCAAUCAAGUUGUGGAAACAUCUCAACGAGGAUCAAUGAAAACAUGAUGCACCUGAGCUCAAUUUUGUGUCUCAUAGCAAAGGGUCUGAAUACUUAUGUAAAUAAGGUAUUUCUGUUUUUUAUUUUGUAUACAUUUGCAAACAUUUAUAUAAACCUGUUUUCGCUUCGUCAUUAUGGGGUAUUGUGUGAGAUUGCUGACAUUUUUUUUUUUAUUGAAUCCAUUUUAGUAUAAGGCUGUAACGUAACAAAAUGUGGAAAAAGUCAAGGGGUCUGAAUACUUUCCAAAGGCACUGUCUAGGCAUAAGGCAGAGACAAUAAGAAGAUAUUGGCAGAAUAAAUUCAAAAUCACAAAAUCAGAGAGCAACAUCUAUCCGGUGAAGUCCACAAAGCAUAUUGCAUGUAACAAACAGUUACGUGUGUGUGUGCGCAUGUGCUUUUGUGCAAGUAGAAAUAACAUGUUGACUCACCCUACUUGUAGAGAAUGCCAAUAUCAUCCUCAUCUCUUUCAUGUUGACGAAACAGUCUAUGACUGUAUUUUAUUUUUUUAUUUUUUUAUUGUACUUUUGUUUAACUAGGCAAGUCAGUUAAGAACAAAUUCUUAUUUACAAUGACGGCCUACAUCGGCCAAACCCAGACGACGCUGUGCCAAUUGUGCUCCCCCCAUGGGACUCCCAAUCACGGCCGGUUGUGAUACAGCCUGGAAUCGAGCCAUGGGAUCCGUAGUGACACCUCAAGCAGUGCCUUAGACCCAUGCGCCACUCGGGAGCCCAAUAAUACAGUACACACUUUUAUUUUUUGUUGUCCUAGGCUACCUGGCUAAAAUGCUUGCUCGCUAGCCUAACUUCCAUUCAUGGGCAACGGUGAGCCAGCUAGUUAACAUUACCAUACUACAUCUAGCUACAUAUUGAACUUCCAUCCUCUCAGGCCAGGGGCACAACAAUGUAUGAAUUUAUGUUUUGAUCAGAGUCGCUGUUAUAAUCAUUGGCCAGUACGGAGAAUUAAGUAAAGGUCCAAAUCCCUAUCUUUUUGGGUGCGCCAGGACCCUUCACAGUUGAGCUCACUCAGUUUAGCUCAAUGCUGAUUGGCUAUUAUUAUUAUUGUUAAUUUUUUUAUGAAGGUAGGCCAAAUGCACGCUUGCUUCCCUUGCAUUCAAUGCUAUGGGUGGCAACAACGUCAUACUCUUUUUGACCAGACAGCAUCAGAUAGAUGGGCUACACAUACAGAGACAGAGGGGCGCUGUUUCACUCGCUAGGAUGCUUUCUCCUGUGGGAUACAUUCAGCCUCUUGCGAAUUGAAGGAAAAUUAUGAAACACAGAGAGACUAAAGAUGUUAUGUUUUUUUCUUGUGGAAGCCUGGCUUCUCUUGGCAUCCAUGAAUACACACAUUUACGUCAUUUAGCAGACGCUCUUAUCCAGAGCGACUUACCACUGGUGGUAGCAACAGUAGUGGUUAGUGUGGUGACAGUGCUGGUCUUUAUUUAAGCAGUGCUACGGGCAAGUGGGUCUUCAGUAGUGGUAAUACUGCUGCCAGAGUUGAAUAAUGAGCUCUAUCAGUUAAACAGACCAUUGGCGGCAGUAUCAGUAUUGCUAUCUGACUUCGGGAGAGCCAGUCUCAACUCAGUGGCCAGAGGCAGCCACUCUCCUCUCCUCUCCUCUCCUCUCCUCUCCUCUCCUCUCCUCUCCUCUCCUCUCCUCUCCUCCUCUCCUCUCCUCUCCUCUCCUCUCCUCUCCUCUCCUCUCCUCUCCUCUCCUCUCCUCUCCUCUCCUCUCCUCUCCUCUCCUGCCAAUACACUGGGAGCUCAUUGCAAUGUGGACCCAUGGCUCCAGUCCAUAACAUGGUGUUACUGAGUGUAACACAGUCCAAAGAGAAUGUAUGGUGAGCUGCCCAAAAUAUGUGUGUGUGCGGGCCAAAAUGUGUGUGUCGACUCGUGUGCAGUCCAAAUUGUGAGUUGGUGCAUUCCAAAGGGUGUGUGCGUGUGCGUGUGGGUGUGGGUGCGUGAAUGCAGCUUGGACUGUGCCCUGGUGUAACUGCUUUGCAUGCAUGUCAGCUCACCUUACAUAUCGCCUUUGCUGGAGCUUUGAAAAGACUGUUUGGUGUGGAAAGAGAGGGAUGGAAAGCACUAAUUCCAACGCUCUAUACUAAAACAUACCAAUCACCUGCAGAUUUAGCCAGAUUUCUAAAACAUCACAUAACAAAUGCUAGAUUUAAACCAAGCCUAUUACAGGCAACCCUGUAGGCUAGAUCACGAGGAUACACUAGCGGAUUGAGCAGCAGAGUUGAGAUGUGUUGGCCACUCUGCAGUCUUGGAAUGCUCUCUGUUGUGACACAGCUGUUCCUGGUUCCUCUCCCCCAGACAACCCCAGCCAGGUGUCCAGAGUGGUGGUUGCCAUAGAGACGCUGGACCUGAAUGACAAUGCGCCUGAGCUGGACAGACAGUACACAGCAGCCAUGUGUGACUCAUCAGCCACUGGACAGGUCAGAGUGUGUGUGUAUGUGUGUGUGUGUGUGUGUGUGUGUGUGUGUGUGUGUGUGUGUGUGUGUGUGUGUGUGUGUGUGUGUGUGUGUGUGUGUGUGUGUGUGUGUGUGUAUCUGUAUGAGUGUAUGUGUGUGCUUACAGUAUGUGAAAACUCUGAAUAUUCUUGUCGAUUCCGUCGAUCAUUUUAUCCACGCUUCCAUUCCUUCUUAGCUUUUUCCAUGUUUCCAUGUUGUCUCUAUUCCAAUAACGUGUUGUCUUUGUCUAUCUGUUCGUUCUAUCGGUGUCUGGGUUUAUGCCCUCUUUUGUAUUCCUGUGUCUUUGUUUUUCUGUCUCACGAUCUGUGAAUCUACAGCAACUGUCUUGCAGGGAAGAAACCCAUCAGCCAACUGUUGUAUAAUGUAUCUGAAAAUAAUAAAUUUUUUAUAAGGACAUUAAAGUACACAAAACUAAUAAAGUGUAAUAAUUUAAAAACCCUUUCAAAGUGAAAGCCCUAGCUACUGCAUAACUCAGAAACGUCCUAACAUCUUAUUCUAGGUCUGAAUCACUGCAGUCUAAAGGCCAUUAAAGAGGUGUUGUAUUGCCUUUUCGCCACAGGCAGUGUUUAAGAGAGUCCCAAUGGUUUAAGCCGAGAUAAUAUUCACUAGAUAUAAUAUUAUUAUUUAUUUUCUAAGUGCUUCUCUACAGUCGGAACCCAAUCUUCAUAGAUUAUAUACUGAAAGCCAACCAAGUCAUUCCCUUCACAGUUAAGGUUAUAUAAUUACUUCCUUCUUGAUUUGAGAGGUUUUAUUUGUUUGUUUUGAUUAGGUAAAUGCUGAGGUCACACAGGGAUGUGGGCGGUAGUUAAAGUAAUGCGUUGUUACAAAGUACUCUUUUUAUAUAUUUUUUAUUUUCUCUAUUGCCCUCCCCCUCCUAUCUCUUUUACCUCUCCAAUGCUAUCUUUCUAUUUUCUCUCUCCUUGUCUGUCUCUCUCCCCCCAACCUUCCUUCACCCUCCCAAUCAAUCCCCCUCCUCCUCUCUCAUUCCUCUCCUCCUUCUUCCUCCCCCCAUCCUCCCUUCACACCUCCUUCUCUGUAUCUGGUCUCACACUCGCUCUAUCUCUUCCAUUCAGGUGGUGCAGGUGUUGCGUGCGAUUGAUAGAGAUGAGGGAGGGAAUGACAGUGCUGUAUAUUUCAACAUCCCUCCAGAGUCCAGCGUCUUUCUCAACUUCAGCGUUAGAGACAGUGGAGGUAUAGUCUCUCUUUAUGUCUCUCUCUCUCACACACACUUCCCGUCUCGCUCCCGCUCGCCACCCACUCACUCACCCUCACUCCACCCAACUCGAUUUCUCUCUCUCGAUUCCCCACUCUCUUCUCUAUCCUCUCUCUCUCUCUCUCGCUCUCCUUCCAAAAAGAAACUCCUCUCUCCGAGCUCUCUCUCAUCUUCUCGGGUCUCGCGUCCGUCUCGGAGGAGCUUCUCUCUCUCUCUCUCUCGACUCUCCGAUUGCGAUCUGUCAUCUCGUCGCUCUCUCUCUACUCGAUACCACCUACCUCUCUCCCCCCUUCUCUCUCUCUACUCUCUCCCCUACCUCUCUCUCUCUUCUCCUCCCCUUUCUCUCUCUCUUCUCUCUCUCUCUCUCUCUCUCUUCUCCUACCUCCUUUCCUCCCUUCUCUCUCUGUCUCAUCCUCCUCUCUACAUCUCUCCCCUUCUCUCUCUACCUCUCUCCCCCUACCUCUCUCUCCUCCCCUUCUCUGUCUGUCUGUCUGUCUGUCUCACUCUCUCCCCUACCUCUCUCUCCUCCCCCUCUCUGUCUGUCUGCCUGUCUGUCUGUCUGGCUGUCUGUCUGUCCCCUACCUCUCUCUCCUCCUCUCUCUCUGUCUCUACCUCUCUCUCCUCUACCAACCAUCUCACAGCCUCCGUGCCUCCAUUCUGUUAUCCUCAUCCCUUUGUGUUUUCCCUGUUGUUUACCUUUGCCUCUACUGUAAAUCCAUCUUUUCAAUGCACUCCGACACAUCCUCUGAGGGAAGCUGUGGGAAGCUAUGGGAAUAACAUUAAAUGGUAGAGAUUUCGUUCAAUUCAAUUGAGUUUCUUGCUUUUUUUUUCUCAUGUUGUGUUUUUCCCUCUCUCGCUCUUCAUCCAGGUCCCACUGCCACCCUGUUGCUCCUGUCUCCCCUGCAGUCCCUCUCCCGCUCCUCCUCCUCCUCCUCCCUCACGCUACACGUUCCCCUGGUGUUAAGGGACGGGAUGUCUGGCCUGACCUCCACCGGGACUGUCACCGUGUCCAUCUGCCCCUGCCUGAGAGGAGGGGCCCGGGCUGGGGAGAAGGAGAGACAGGAGAGGCAGACGGAGGGAGACUGGGAGUGGGAGAGAGAGACGGUGUGUGUCCCCCAGCAGUCUACUUCCCCCUCCCCUGGGCUCAGCACUGCCGCCUUGCUGGCCAUCUUGGCCUGUGUCGCCACUCUGCUGGGUAAAUAUACUGUACAGCAGUGUUACUCAAACCUGGUCUCAGAGACCCAGAUCCACAGGGUGUGCAAGCUUUCAUUACAACCCAACACUAUCACGCGUGAUUCAAGAAUUGAUGAUUAGUUGAUUAGUAAUUUUACUGGGAAACACAAACCCAACUAACAUUACAUUGGAAUUUUUCUGGGAAUGGCCCACUUUAUUCCCAAUGUGACUGGGCUAGUCCAGUACACAAUAUAUCUCUAUCUGACUGUCUGGCUGUGUCUCAAAGUCAAUUACCGAUUUUAGCAUGCAGGACAGAUAUGAUAUACCAACACUCUCUCUUGCUCUCUCUCUCCCUCGCUCUCUCUUUCUCUGACUCCCUCUCUCCCACCCUCCCUCCCUCUCUCCUCCCUCCAGCGGUCAGUGCCCUGUCCCUGUCCCUGCGCCGUCAGAAGCGGGACUCUCUGUCUCCCCUGGAGGAGGAUGAUGUGAGGGAGAACAUCAUCACCUACGAUGACGAGGGAGGAGGUGAGGCCGACACGGCCGCCUUCGACAUCGCAGCGCUCCAGAGCGCCCCCCACAGCUCACGCAGGGGAUACCGCACCCUGGACAGCAGGAACAUGUGAGUGUGUGUGGUGUGUGCAGUGUGUGUGUGUGGGUGUGUGUGUUUAAUUGAAAGCUAUGCUGUGCAAAAACACACCCAGACAAAACUCCAGUCCUCAAGAGUUUUCACAAGAGUCUCUCUAAGACUGUAUUGAUCCACUUAGGUCAUUGAUUGCCUCAAAACUCCCUGCUCUAAUCAGCCUCUUAACUAAAAAAAAUAAAGAGGAAAACCAUUACAUUUUAUUAGACACUUUGUUGGGCACCACCUACUUCCCCUUACCCUACAACAUGAUCCACUGUGCUGAGUGAGAUCAUCUGUCUAUACUGUGCAAUCCCUCAUUGGUGUGUGCUCCUAUGUAAAGCUGCUAUAACAUGUUGUCUAGCCUUGUCACACCCUAUCUUCUGUCCCCCAGACGCUACUCCCAGCACAUCCAGGACAAGGCCCGUGCAUACAGCUGGGCCCAGAACCCAGCCCUGGACCCAGCCUACUCCGGCCCUGGAGGGCCCCUGUAUGGCCGCCUCUGCUACAGCAGCCACACCCUGCCUGUUCUCCGACGUACUCCAGGGGGCCAGUUUGAGCCGAGCCUGGCUGAGCUGGCCUACCGCUUCCCUGGGGGCCACCCAGACCACUCUCUAGUCAUCCAGAAUCAGGGGGCCAUGGUGGGGGCCCUGGAGCCAGGGGCCGUUUACGUAGGCCCAGCUGAAAUGAGGAGCAGAGAGAGUAGAGACGGAACAGGCCCAAAGAGCGGGGUUAGCACUUCAGAUGGAGGGACGCCACGGACCAAUAACAGCCAGGAGAGGGGUGACGGGGGAGGAGCAAUGAGCAACUGUACAGAGAGCAGUAGUGAGCAGCAGAGCCACAGUCAGGACUCGGUGGACUGGGUAAGAGACGGACACUGUAUAUGACAACAAGUGAAUGAAUGAACGAACCAAUGUGUUAUCAUUUGACGUGGUUAUAACACUGCUGAUUUCUGAGAGCAGAUGAUGAUGAAUAUGUAUUAUUUUUUAUGUUUUGCUUUCAGAAGAUUUCUGUCUCUUUCUUUACUUUUUAAUGUUUGGUCUCUUGAUUUCCUCCUCCCUCUUCAUCCCCCUCUCUCUCACAGUGCAGCUCUUUCUAGUGCUUCAUUAACCUGCUGCUUCUCUUACCUUCUCAACUCUGUUUCUCUUUCACUCUCUCUAUCUUGCUUGUUCAUUGUCUGUCUAUUCUUAUCCUGUCUCUCUGCCUUUUCUUCCUUCUCACCAUUUCCUUUCUCUCCCUUGUCCUUCUUAUCUCCCUGUUUCUUACAUUUGCCCUUUUACUUACUCUCCGGCUUUCUGCUUUAAUUGUUUCCCCAAUUCAUCUCUCCAUUCGCUCCUUUUACAAUUCUCUCAUCACCUCUUGUUAUCCUUUAUCUUCUACAUCCACUUAACAGUACCGUUCCCUGUCCCUGUCCCGGACUGACCCUCCUCCUUCUCCCUGCCCCCUUGCCCUGUCCCUGUCCCGGACUGACCCUCCUCCUUCUCCCUGCCCCCUUGCCCUGUCCCUGUCCCGGACUGACCCUCCUCCUCCUCCCCGUCCCAUGCAGGUCCAGUCUGAGACCCUCCCCCGAGAGAGGGAGCACACCCUGGUCCUGACUCGCUCCGGCUCCAUGGCUGGUCAAAGUCACGGUGGCGCCUGGGUGUGUGACUCAGCCACCCUGCCCAUGGCAGGCCGCAGGGCCUUCCGCGCCAGCCUGUCCCCCAAACGCACUGGCUCCGGUUCAGCUGAAGCAGAAUCCUCUGGUGGUGGAUGUGGUGGUGAAGGGCAUGGAGCCAACGGCCCAGACGGCCAGUCUCAACAGUCAGCCGCCCGCAACUAUGCCAGCAUCCUGCAAGGGGAGGCAGCGGGACGGAGGCAGGACUACCCCGGGAGCCUGGGGAGGGGAGGGCUAGAGAUGGGCAGCAACUUUGUGGUGGCCAGGCCAGACAGGGAGGGUGGAGGGAUAUCUCUGACCGGGACUUCUUGCGGGGGGACGUACCCAGAAGGGUUCAUGGCUGACUGGCGGGACAGGAUGGGUAUGGGGGCAUACGUUUUAGGAAGGAGGGAUAUGACCCCCCAGAUGCUGCCCUUCCCAGGGCAGACCAGGGGCGCAUACGGGGGCAUCAUGGGGUACGGGGCAGGGUGGGUCCCAGGGAUGGAGGCGGUGAGAGGGGGUCCAGUACCAGGUGGUCAUUCCUUGGCCCUCAGGGUGGGUGAGUUCCUCCACCUGCGUCUGGCUCAGGUCACCUUUGACCCCUCACAGCCGCCCUAUGAUUCAGUGCAGAUUUACGGGCUGGAGGGAACAGGGUCGCGUGCAGGCUCCCUCAGCUCACUGGAGAGUGAGGGAGAGAAGGAUGCAGAGAAGGAGGAGUGGGGAGGAGGGCUGGAGGAGUGGGGUCCGCAGUUUCAGGAACUAGCCAAGCUGUUCCGAGAUAGAGAGAAAGAGAAAGAGGAGAAGGAGAAUGAAGGGGAGGAAGAGGUAGAGAACAACAAAAAAGAGGAUGAAAAAGAGGAGGGGGAGAAAGAGGAGAAAGACUGA